CUUUCUUUUUAAGCUUAGCUAGAGACACAACAGAAUCCCCAAACAAUCAAUGGUCAAUAUGGGUAUUAACAUUUGAGAUUAGCCCAUAAAAAGAAUACCACUUACCAUAGCUUUGCUUUGAGAAGCAUUCGGCAUUGUUUCUCAUUUUCUUCUCUCAUCGAUUACACCAAAAGGGGUUUCACAAAUAACAUUAAAAAAACCCAAAGGGAUUCCUUGCUUCCAUCUUUCUUACAAGUUAAUAAUUCACACACCACACCUUAAUUUCCUGCCCUGGAGAAACAUAUCCCCCCCUCCCUUCACUUUCCGUCCUUUCUCAUCCUUUCUCCCAUAACAAUUUGUUGUUCUUGUUCUAUGUCCAAAAAACUAAAGAGAUUCCCAGUUUUUUUAUGUGGGUCUUAAAUGGAUACCUUGUUUCGGCUUGUCAAUCUUCAAUCUGAACAAUCUUACAAUUCCAGUAGAACUAAUUCUAGCAGUUCUAGAUCUUCUAGACAAAACCAAUAUCAUUACCAUCAACACGAAGACGAAGAAUGCUACAAUCUUCUCAUGGAUGACGAAGAUUUCUCAUCGUCUAGUAAUUCUAGACAAUAUUAUAACCCAUAUCAUCCUCACCCACCUUCUACCGCUACCCCCACCACCGCCACCGCCUCCACCACUCCAACUCCGAUCGAUCAAUUCUCAUUCGCUUCCCCUUCUCCGGAUUUCAACUUUGAAUUUUCCGGCAGGUGGGCCCCUGAUAUCCUGCUUGAAACCGCUAGGGCUAUUUCUGACAGGAACAGCGCCCGCGUUCAGCAGCUCAUGUGGAUGCUAAACGAACUUAGCUCUCCCUAUGGAGAUACGGAUCAAAAGCUGGCUGCCUAUUUCCUGCAGGCCUUGUUUAGCCGUAUGACAGAUUCCGGCGACCGUAAUUACCGCGCUUUGGCCUCCGCUUCAGAGAAAACAUGCUCAUUCGAAUCAACUAGGAAAGUCAUGCUCAAGUUUCAGGAGGUUAGCCCAUGGACCACUUUUGGCCAUGUUUCUUGCAAUGGCGCAUUAAUUGAGGCUUUAGAAGGCGAAUCCAAGCUACAUAUAAUCGAUAUCAGUAAUACAUAUUGCACUCAAUGGCCUACUUUGCUUGAAGCUCUUGCAACACGCACCGACGAUACGCCGCACCUCCGUCUCACCACGGUGGUUACCUCUAAACCAAGCGGUGGGACCGGAGUUGCCGCAUCUCAAAAAGUAAUGAAAGAAAUAGGUACAAGAAUGGAAAAGUUCGCAAGGCUUAUGGGCGUACCUUUUAAAUUCAAUGCGCUUUACCAUUCAGGCGACCUUUCGGAAUUGGACUUUGCCAAAUUAGACAUUAAAGAAGACGAAGCACUUGCCGUUAACUGCGUCGGAGCUUUACGUUCCGUGGCGGCGAUUAAUAACCGUCGAGAUUUCUUGAUUUCGUCUUUCCGAAGUUUACGGCCGCGGAUAAUUACGGUGAUAGAAGAGGAAGCUGAUCUCGACGUUGGCGUCGAUGGUAUUGAAUUUAUGAGAGGGUUUCAAGAAUGUUUGCGGUGGUUUAGGGUUUAUUUCGAGACAUUGGACGAGAGUUUCUCGAGGACAAGCAACGAGCGGUUGAUGCUCGAGAGAGCGGCCGGUAGGGCAAUCGUGGACCUAGUGGCUUGCUCGGCGGCGGACUCGGUUGAGAGGCGGGAAUCGGCAGCGCGGUGGACUCAGCGGCUGCAUGGAAACGGAUUCAGUCCGGUGACGUUCAGCGACGAAGUGUGCGACGACGUUAGGGCGCUGUUGAGGAGAUACAAGGAAGGAUGGGCAAUGACACAGAGCUCGGACGUCGCCGGAAUAUUCUUGACGUGGAAAGAGCAGCCGGUGGUGUGGGCCAGUGCAUGGAGACCUUGACCUUCAAUACUUGGAUCAUGAAAAUGGUCCGGUCCGGUUCGAUUCGGUUCGGUUCAAUGACUUUUUGCACGUGUCUGAAGGAUGGGGGAGUUUUUCGGUAAGGCCGUGUUUGAUGGGAAAAAAGGUGGCAAGAUAAAUUAAAUUAUCUAAUUUGAGUGAUUUUAAUAGAAUUGAGGUACAUUUAAAUUCUUGAUUGAUUUGUCAUCAUUUCCCCUCUUUUAUGAACUUUUUCUUUUUCUUUUUUUUUUUUUUUUACAUAAUUGCCAUUUCAAAUUGUAGAAGCAUCUUCGUGGAUACAACGCAUCUCAUGUAGAAGGAAAGUUAAUGGUAAUUUUUUAAAUGAUAUAUGUAAAGUUAAUGGUAGGAGCAAAAUGUUAAUGAAUAUUUUGGUUUGAGGAAAAAUAACUUCAAGAAA